UGUGUGUUAUCUGUAUUUUGUUGUGUGUUUUUUUUUUUCAGGAGAGAUCAGACUCCAAUUGAAGAAAAAUAUUGUAAAACUCAGCCCUUCUGUGGAUGAAACUCACAAGCAAACAUUCAUGAGUGAUGGUCCCUGUGAUUUUACUUGGGGAGAAAUCUGUGCUACACAUGAGAGAAUCCCCACUGGAGAAAAACCUUAUGAAUGUAAUGAAUGUGGAAAGGCUUUUAGAGUGAAAAAUUAUCUUAUUGCACAUCAGAGAAUCCAUACUAGAGAAAAAUGUUAUGAAUAUAAUCAACGUGGAAAGACUUUUACAUUAAAGAAUAAACUUAUUAAACAUCAGAAUAUACACACUGGAGAGAAGUCUUAUAAAUGUAAUCAAUGUGAAAAGACUUUUACAUUGAAGAAUAAACUUAUUAAGCAUCAGAAAAUCCACACUGGAAAGAAGCCUUAUGAAGGUAAUCAAUGUGAAAAGACUUUUACAAUGAAGAAUAAACUUGUUAAACAUCAGAAAAUUCACACUGGAGAUAAAAUUUAUAAAUGUAAUCAAUGUGGAAAGGCAUUUACACAGAGGGCUCAUCUUUUUGUACAUCAGAGAAUCCACACUGGAGAGAGCUCUCAUGAAUGUAAACAAUGUGGAAAGACUUUUACACGAAGGACAGGUUUUAUUCUACAUCAAAGAAUCCACACUGGAGAGAAACCUUAUGAAUGUAAUCAAUGUGGAAAGGCUUUUACACAGAGAGCUCAUCUUAUUAAACAUCAGAGAAUUCACAUUGGAGAGAAACAUUAUGAAUGUAAUCAAUGUGGAAAAGCUUUUACAUUGAAGAAUAAACUUAUUAAACAUCAGAAAAUCCACACUGGAGAGAAAUCUUAUAAAUGUAAUCAAUGUGGAAAGGUUUUUACACGGAAGACUGGUUUUAUCCGGCACCAGAGAAUCCACACUGGAGAGAAACCUUAUGAAUGUAACCAGUGUGGAAAGAAUUUUUCACAGAAAAGUAAUCUUGUUCAACAUCAGAGAAUCCACACUGGAAAGAAACCUUAUAAAUGUAAUCAAUGUGAAAAGGCUUUUAUUUGGAAGAAUAAACUUGUUGCACAUCAGAGAAUCCAUACAGGAGAGAAACCUUAUGAAUGUAAUGUAUGUGGAAAAGCUUUUACAUGGAAGAAUAAACUUAAUAAACAUCAGAGAAUCCACACUGGAGAGAAACCUUAUGAAUGUAAUGAAUGUAGAAAGGCUUUUACACAGAUAUCUCAUCUUAUUAAACAUCAGAGAAUCCACAUUGGAGAGAACUCCCAUGAAUGUAAUCAAUGUGAAAAAUCUUUUAGAGUGAAGAAAGAGUUUAUUGCACAUCAGAGAAUCCAUUCUGGAGAGAAUCCUUAUGAAUGUAAACAAUGCGGAAAGGCUUUUACACGGAAGACUGGUUUUAUUCGGCAUCAGAGAAUCCACACUGGAGAGAGGCCUUAUGAAUGUAAUCAAUGUGGAAAGACUUUUACAUGGAAGACUGGUUUUAUUCGGCAUCAGAGAAUCCACACUGGAGAGAAGCCCUAUGAAUGUAAUCAAUGUGGAAUGGCUUUUAAAUGGAAAACUGGUUUUAUUCAACAUCAGAGAAUCCACACUGGAGAAAAGCCUUAUGAAUGUAAUCGAUGUGGAAAGACUUUUACGCAGAAGGGUCAUCUUAUUGUCCAUCAGAGAAUCCACACUGCAGAGAAUUCUUAUGAGUGUAAUCAAUGUGGAAAGUCUUUUAGAGUAAGAAACUAUCUUAUAGCACAUCAGAGAAUCCAUAAUCAAGAAAAGCCUUAUGAAUGUAACCAGUGUGGAAAAACCUUUGCCCAGAAAUGUAAUCUUGUUCAACAUCAGAGAAUCCACAAUGGAGAGAAGCCUUAUGAAUGUAAUCAAUGUGAAGAGGCUUUUAGAUUGAAGAGAGAUUUUAUUGGACACCAGAGAUUCCAUACAGGAGAGAAACUUUAAGAAUGAAGUAAAUGGAGAAAGGAAUUUACAUGGAAAAAAAAGACUUAUUAAAUAUUGGAGAAUCUACACUGGAGAGAAUGCCUGUGAUUGUAAUCAAUGUAUUACAGCCUUCAGGCCAAAGUCAGUUCUUGUUUACUAUCAGAAUUUGUGGGCAAUAUAGAAAUCUUAUAACUGGUCUGAAUGAGGGAAGGCAGAAAAAUGGAGCAUAGAACUGUUUAGCAGAAAAUUCAUUCUGGGGACAAGGCAUUUAUGAACUCAAGGAUUUAUAAUGAAAGUGCUCAGUGAGAACAUGCUUUUCUCUAGUAUAUAGAGGUCACUGGUGAAGGUUAAGUUGAGUCUGACUAUAACAGACUAGUCAGAUGAGAAAAAUAAUUCAUAAGUUUCCUGGAGGAGACGGUAGUCUAGCUCAUAAAUCACACAAUUCAGUGAGAGAAUAAUUCUGGAUGAUCUCAGAAAUAGAAUGUCUUCAGAAUAAGGAAAAGACAUUUUGUCAUUACUGGGUCAACUGAGGAACAAUAUUCGAUGAAAGGGAAAACAUUGCUUUCUUUGAUCAAAGAUAUAAAAAUGGGGGAAAUUUUGAGGAAUAUUGUCUUCUGCAGGCCAUCAGCAUGCAUGUAUUCAGUCUACAUCCAGGUUACCGCAUGGGACAAUCAAGAAACUUCUUAUUAACUUGAGAUUUUUGUGACCCAAUAAUCUUGGAGAUGAAGGAAUUCUGAUGAUGAACUUGAGACAGAACAAAAAACCAUUACAUAAAAAAAAAAAAACACAGGCAAGAAGUCUUGCACUUCUAAGUUCCUCCUGCUCUGCCAGCCUAGAAAGCAAAUCUAAAGGAGGAACUAAAUUCCAUAUAAGAGGCUUCUGUUGUGCUUGCCACAGGCACUCUAUAAAUCAGUGAAAGCCUUAAUUAAUUGUGACAGCCUCUCAUCAGAGUAAUGGUUUCCCAUUCAGAGAUCAACAUGUUGGAUCUAAAGGAGCAAUUCAAAAGGCGCUAUGGGAAAUCUCUCUUCUUUCAAGCUAAGUCUGAGAAGUCUUCCUUUGCCAGGAAGAACAAACACUGCUAGGAAGAAAGAUUUCUAACCAAAUUCAUUGGGAUGUUAAUGAUGAUGCAAGCCACCUCAUUUCCUAGUCACCAGAAGGGGCUUCAGGGGCCCUCUAGUCCAAACUCAUACCUGCACAGGUUUGAAAACAUUUCUGCUUGAAGACCUGAUAGGGAGCCCAUUAUUAAGACACUUGCCAUAUAUGCAGCUGAAAUCUGCCUCUUGCAGUUUAUACUCUUCAGUCCUAGGGAAUCCCUCUGGGGCCAAGGGAUGAUUCAUCCUAGACAUGAAAGCCUUUCAGUUAAAGAGUAUUUCGUGUUGCCCAAUUUUUCUCUUCUUCAGGUUAAGCAGCCUCAGUUUUUUCAGCUGGUCCUCAUUUGGCAAAGUCUCCAUCAUAUUCAUAGGCCUUCUCUGGAUGUGUUUAGACUUAUCAAUACAUCUUGUUGAUUGCCUCCCCUUCAUCACAGAUAGGUAGAAACAUGUAUGUUCUCUGUCAUGUUUAUUUCUUAUUGUCACUUCUAUUAGACUGUGAGCUCCUUGUGAGCAGGGAAUGUCUUUUGCCAUUUUUUAGUGUCCCUGGGUCAGAGGCUCAGUUCAGUGCCUGGAAUAUAAAUAGGGACUUAACACAUUCUUGUUGACUGACUGUUAUAAACUGGUCUGACCAGAUCAGGCAAGGUACAACAGGACUAUCACCUUUCUUAGUCCUUUGUCUUUCCAAUUUGAUGUGUAUACACAAUGACCAGUCUCCCAUUGACACAAAAAGGUAAGGAUGGAGAGGGAGGAGUGAGGAAAGCAAAUGAUUCUUUUUUCACCUCCCUAAGUCUGAGAUGGAAGAAAAUUGUGACAAUUGUGAUAAUUAUUGGUUGUGUGGUUUCCCUCCCAGUGUUUCUGUUGCUUUGUAGAUUAUGUUUAUAAAUGAGACCAUCCCUCCUGAUUGUACUCAAAAAGGCUUUAAAAAACCAUUUAGAGCCACUUUAGGGAACCUAUGGAAGAUAUUCAGAAAGUAUGUAUGAGUGGCUUUCAGAAAUGGAAUAUGGGAUCAUGGUUGGUAAAAGCCAUACCAAGGUAAUAAAACUAUUAGAAGGACAUUGUGUCCAGAAAAUAA